GUUUGGAAAAACCCCUGUUUUGGAAUGUGAUUCGAGAACUUCACAAAACCUACCAGAAAACAAAGGCAAGUAAAGAAGAAAAACUAGGGUUUUACAGAGAGGACGAAGCUCGAGUUUUACUGAAAAGUAUGGCGAUUCCUAAAAACGACGAGGAAGGAGGUCCUGAAGCACUAAAAGAAUUAAAAUCAGUAGAUCCUCCAUUAUUUCUAUCACCAUCUCCAAUUCAAUCUCAAGCAACUCGAUUAGCUUCACAAUACUUGUACUCUUCUCUUCAUCCAUUUUGCCCUAAAUCUCCUUUUCAAAAAUUACUUGUUAAAGGAUUUGAUGCUGAACAAAUAUGGCAACAAAUUGAUACUCAAUCGAAUCACUUGGUAUUGAAUCUUAAACGAGAAUUAAAGCAUUUUGAGAAAAACCCAAAUGCAAUUUCUAAGGGUUUUGAUGGAUUGAUUAGGAAGAUAGAGAAGAAAAGUGGGGCUUCUGAUGAGGAAGAUGACGAGAGUGGUGAUUCUGAUGAGGAAGAUGACGAGAGUGGUGAUUCUGAUGACGAUAUGGAAGAUGCUGAGGAGAGUGGUGGUAGUUUAGAUGAGGAUGGUGAUGAUGAUGAGGAGGAUGAUAACGAAGAGGAUGAGGACGAGGAAGGUGGAGGUAUUGAAGAUAAGUUUUUGAAGAUGAGUGAUAUGAAGAAGUAUAUGAAAGAUGAUGAAGCUAGGGAGUAUGGUGGUGUGAAAGAGAAGAAACGUGUCCGUAAAAGGGAGGUGGAUGGAGACGAGGAUGUUGAUGAUGAUGAGGAGGAUUAUGAAGAUGAUGAUGAGCUUGGAGAGUUUGGAGUUGAUAACGGUGAAGACGACGAUGAGAUGGGAAACGCCAGAUAUGAAGACUUCUUUGGUGCGAAAAAGGGAGAAAGCACAAAAAGAAAGUCUGAUUCUCAUGAAGGAGUGGAGGACUCAGACUCAGAGGAUGAGGACGAUUUUGAUAAGGGCUUUGAAGAUGAGCAGAAGGAAGGAAGUCUUUCUACCUAUGAAAAAGAACAAAAGAAGCAGCGUGCUAAAAUAGAGGAGAUGGAGAAAGUGAACAUGGAGACUAAAUCAUGGAAUAUGCUAGGAGAGGUUAGUGCUGCAGAAAGGGGCAAAAACACUGCACUAGAAGUUGAUCUAGAUUUCGAGCACAAUGUAAGACCUGCUCCUGUAAUCACAGAGGAGGUUACACAAUCCAUUGAAGAUUUGAUAAAGAAAAGGGUUCUUGAGGGGCAUUUUGAUGAUGUGCAAAAGGCACCAAGUUUACCGUCUGCAGCCCCAAAAGAGUACAAAGAGAUUGAUGAAAACAAGAACACGGAGGGGCUUCAUAAAAGUUACGAGAACGAAUAUUUGCAGCAGACAGGUCUAGUGCCCGAGUCUUUCUCAGAUGAGCGAAAGAAAGAGGCAAGUCUGCUCUUCCAGAAGCUCUGCUAUAAGUUGGAUGCUCUAUCCCAUUUCCACUUCACCCCUAAGCCGAUUAUCGAAGACAUGUCAAUACAAGUUAAUGUUCCUGCUUUGGCAAUGGAAGAGAUUGCACCCUUGGUAGUCUCUGAUGCGACUAUGUUGGCGCCUGAGGAGGUAUUUGCUGGAAAAGGAGAUAUCAAAGAAGAAGCGGAGCUAACACAGGCUGAACGAAAACGGAGGAGGGCUAGCAAGAAAAGGAAGUUUGCAGGCAAGACUAAAGCUGAGACUGCUAAACGGAUGGAAAACAAGAAGGCACAAGACAGUACUAAUGGUAAAGAAGAACCAUCAGUUCCUGUGUGAGGCCUUGAGUCAACAAGAGAUGCCUUUCUGAAGUUUAGACGGCAGAUAUGGAGAAAGAGCAAGGGGAAAAAGAACUGGACAAGCUUCUAUAGCGGAGAUCCAGUUCUAACGAGUUUUGACGAAAGUUUUGUAUUCCAUGGCUUUACAUGAUAAAAAUGCCAAAAAGAUGCUACAAAAAUUUGUAUCAGGCUAUUUUAUGGUGUUACAAUUUUUAUUUGAUUCAAUUUUAUUAUCAUUCAGAUUUUA